UGGAGUGACAGUACACGCUCUGUGCUCCCGUCUCAUUCGAAACCUCGUCCCCUUCGCUGUGUUUCUGGAAUAUAUCCUCCUCUGACACUGAAGCUUCUGAACAGGAAAGUGACGUUCUCAAAGUGCUAACUGAGCCGGCCAUGGAAUAUGCGGACUCGGUUAAAGCUGCCUUGGGAAAUACUCGUAAAUGAAUUCGGUUUGUUCUGUGAUGACCAAGUGUGGCUGAGCUACACGUUCUUGUAAUUCGAUGAUUUUAGGAUUUUGGCUACAAGAGGAGAACACUUUGGCAAAAAAGAAAAAAAAAAGUAGCGUAGAAAAAAUAACUCUUCAAAGUGAGUGAGGUUGGUAUAACUAAUUGUGGGUAUGACAUAAGAAGAGAAGAGAAAAUACAACUGACAUUAACCACAGUUUCUCUAGAUCCCUCCAACACAUAGUGAGAAAAGAAAAGAGAGAGAAAAAAACAACAACUGAAUAACCAAAAGAGAGAGGGAAUUUAAGAGAACGAGAGAGGAAAACCUGCCGUGUACUGAAGAUAGUGAUAUUGUGUCGAGAGUCGUGAUGGUGAGAAAAGCACAGGCGAGGCUCUCCUUUGCUCUCUCGCCCUAGUUCCAGCUCUCUAGCACUCUUUGCUACCUUUAAAGUGCUAGGUGUCUCAAGUCACCCUGGAUAUAAAGCAAGAAAUUACAGUUUGGGGGAAUUUAUAUCUGGACCCAACUAUCCCGGAACGAAACUCUAAGCCCACCACGAACAUGGAAGCCUCCCUAUUAACGGAUAUUUAACCGAGAGAGAGACCUUUUGACGUCCUCUCCGUGUCCAAGAGGAAGAACAGUAAUUCGAGCCACCGAGAAACAUUGCGAGACUUCUUGGAGACUUUGGAGAAGCUCGACCAAGUUGCGCUCAUUUUGCCCUUUACGAUGACUCGGUCGACCAUGGCGGCAUGUGGACGAAGAGGAGCAGAAAUAUCCGUCUGCUUACUGCUUCUGCUUGUGCCGCUUCAGUCUCCGCUCGCUCAGGCGCAGUAUACCGAUUCCCCUCUCUCCACAGAAUCGGGAGCCUGGGUCGGCGUCGAGAACAAUACAGUCGUGAACGUGAAGGCACAGCUCGGUUUCACGGCGUUCCUGCCCUGCUCCGUCCGCAUGAUUGGAGACAAGCAGAUAUCAUGGAUCCGGCGCCGUGACUGGCAUGUCCUUACCUCGGGCGUUUUCACGUACACGAACGACGAACGGUUCUCCAUCACGCACCGAGAUGGCGCUGACGACUGGACGCUCUCCAUCAGGUACCUUCAGGCCAGAGACAACGGUACUUACGAAUGCCAGAUUUCGACCGGAACGGGAAUCGUCAGCCAGUUUGUGAACCUGAAUGUGAUCGUCCCAGAGGCAUUCAUCCUUGGCAACAGUGAAUACCACGUGGAAACUGGAUCCCCCAUCAACUUAUACUGUAUCAUUGAACAGACGCCAAUUCCGCCCCACGUCGUGUACUGGAAACACAACGACCGACUCCUCAACUACGACACGGAGCGCGGGGGCGUGAGCGUGACCAUCGAACACGGCGCCAAGACAUCGUCCCGACUUGUCAUCUCCGGCGCCACUACCAAGGACGAGGGGAACUACACGUGCGAGGCCCCGAAGACGCUGCCCGCCUACGUCUACGUCUUCGUCAGGAAAGGAGACUUGACAGCUGCAAUUCUCCGAAGAACCUCUGGAUCUGCCGGGAUCGCGGAUCUGCAUGGAUGGUUGUGGAUUGGUGUCCCCGCUCUCACUUUACUGUGGAGGGAAAGUCUGCAUCUCUGCCAGCUGUUAUAGUUCGCUUCUGUUUGAUUUUUCUCUUUCUUCCUCAUCUACAUCAACUUCAUGGUGAUAAUUUUGUUUUUGUUUUUGUUUUCUAAUUCGUGAAAAAAGGUCAAGUCAUUAGCCGAGGUUUAUAAACGACUAAUUACAAGAUAAUUCUGUGAAGUAUGGACUGCCAAGACGUCCUUUCAAGUCAUUUCAAAAUAUGUCCUUAAUACAGUUCGCUGUGGUCCAGCUGUCCAGGAAAUGAACGGCACUUAUAAAAAACAAUAAGUCGGGCAUGUGCAAAGUAAUUUUGUUCUACGGGAGGGGAUAUGGAGAAAGAGUGCUAAUUGCGUUAUAAACAUGUUCCUAAGGAUAACAGAUUAACAAUAUAAUUAUAAAAAGAGAGAGAGUCGAUAGGUGGAUGAGCGAUUGAGUGAGAGAGAGAGAGAGAGAGAGAGAGAGAGAGAGAGAGAGAGAGAGAGAGAGAGAGAGAGAGAGAGA